GUGACCUAGGAUUAAGGGGCGCUUGGUACAAAGUCCUGUUCGUAAAGCGAAAAUAUCUCCUCAGGGCGUUUCACAGUUUGUCAUGUAACGUGACGUUUAAUUAUUCUCAUGUUACUUUUAAUUGUUUCCGGUGCUUUCAGUACUCUUUUUAUAUAUUCAUGUAUUCAAUUAAUCUGCAUAAAAGGAUAUAUUUGACAAUUUAACUAUCGAUUUUACACAUUUCCCAUGAUGAGUUAUCAGUUUUUAAUAAUACAUUUUCGCAUCUCUCUUCAUUGUCCUUUUGUUUAUACAACUUUUCAUAUGAGCUUUUAGGACACUAAUUAUUUUAAAUGCCUUAAAUUUUUAUUUGCAAUACAUCUUAUAUGAAUAAUAAAUGUCAUAAAUGUCUGAUAAUAACAACAACAAUAACAGUUUUAACGGCAAAUAUCCGCUUAUUUCGUCUCCAACUAUUCCCACUUCAGUCGGUUUAGGAAUUACUACUGAGCAGCAUGCACAUUCUAAUGUGAUUAAUAAUGAUCUAAACAACUGUACUGAUAAGUCGAAUUCCUCCAUCAUCUCAUCUGGCACUACUGAUAUUGGUAGACUAUUAUCAUGUAUAACUUCAAAUGGAAAUUGUUAUCCUACAUAUACUUCAACUCAUCCUACAAUUCAAACACAAUUUUCUAAUGAUGUGGGAAGUGAAAUUUCUAUUCAUCACCAGAAGCAAAAACAAGAAUCACCCGGUGAAAAUAAUUCAUCUACAAAUUUAUGUGGUUUUAGAAUUAAAUGUGAAGCAGAUGAUGGUUUUUCACCGACUGGGAAUUUAUCCGGACAAUCUGCGCCAAUCUCUAAGUCAUCGUAUGAAAUGAUGUGUAACAAUAAACCGACCGCCACUAACUCUACGUUAGAAUCUUUCUCAGGGAAAAGUGAGUCAUUCGAGGAACAUGAAAUAGUUGAUGACCAGUUUGUUGAAAAUCGGAAACUUGUCGAAACGUGUGGAUCUUUGCGAGCACAUACACAAAGCAAUAAAAUUAUUGGUAAUAAUGAUACAAAGGAAUCUAUUUCAUCACAAUCAACGAGAUAUAUACCAUGUUCAUCAGUAGAUCAACUUACACUACCUCAGACUAAUUUAAGUAAUCCUUUCCAUUCAGAUAAUAUUCUUAAUCCAGGAUGUAAUAAUCGUAUACUGAACAAUUCCCCAGUUCGUGUUGUUUCUCAGGGUCGAUUAGACAAUGAUAACGCAAGUGUUAACUCUUCAUCAGAUUUUACAGCUGAUGCGCUUACAUUCAUUGAUACAUCAUCAACAUGUAUAAAUACAUUUGAUACAAAUGAACGUAUGCUUACAGGAACACCUGAUUUUUCAUGUUUCUUUCCUAAUACAUUAUGUGAUCCGCUGACUAAACGUUUUACUUCUAACGGUCAUACACCGUGCGCUGGUUUUUCUGUAACUAAUCAGGCCGAUUCAAAGGUUCUAAUAGGUUUGAGUCCUGUAUCGAAAUCCCAUCGUUUGUGUUAUCCAUAUGAUACAUAUGAACCGCUGAAAAGUGAUUUCAAAGAACACCCAAAUAUAAAUAAUAAUAAUAAUAAUAAUAGUGUUGACAGAGCUCAACCGAAUUCUUCACCGAAUAGACUUAAAAAUAUACUAAACAAUACAUUUUAUGACCGUACUGGUAGUAACAAUGGAUCUAAUUUAGUUACAACGCCUAUAUCUUCUUGUAAUAAUGAUGAAGCGGUGAACUUAAUUACCGACUCUGGUCAAAAGAGUUUUGUAAAUUGUAACGAAGUUCAAUUACCAGGAUUCAGUAGUCCUGAAUCAGCUUUCUAUCAAUAUCAAAAUAAAAUGGAGGGGCAAAAAUGUCAAGUAUGUGGUGAGUUGGCAGCUGGUUUCCAUCAUGGAGCAUAUGUGUGUGAAGCUUGCAAAAAAUUUUUCAUGCGUCAUUCGAUGGCUGAUACAAAACCGACAAAUGUCUGUCCAACCGGUGGUAACUGUAUAGUGGCUAAAGGUAGUCGUGGGAAAUGUCAAAUUUGUCGUUACCGUAAAUGCUUACUAGUUGGGAUGAAAAUGAAAGAUCCAGAAACUCAAUCAGAAAUCGAUAUUUCUAAUAUUCCUUGUCGAGUGUGUGGCGGUAGAUCGUCUGGAUUUCAUUUCGGUGCAUUGACAUGUGAAGGAUGUAAAGGUUUCUUUCGUCGUACUGAAGGAUCAUCUAAUUCAUUAGUUUGUGUAGGUGGUCAAAAUGCUUGCACAAUAACACCUCGAAGUAGAAACGCUUGUAAAAGCUGUCGUUUUCGUCGAUGUUUAGCUGCAGGAAUGUCUAAAAAAGGUAGCCGAAUCGGUCGUCAACCGAAUGCAGUCAAAUUUCAUUGUGCCAUUGAAAUUAAACAACUACAAGCUAUUCGUGGUAAUUCAUCCAGUUCAACAGAUGGAUUAUCACCGAGCCAAAGUUCCACAGGCUGUCCUCCAUAUAGUCAAUAUAAUCUUAGUAGUGGAGGAGGAGUUGGAUUUGGGAGCGGUAGUAGUGAUCCAUUAACUUCAUCCCUAAAUCAUUAUCGACAUAUAAGUCGAAGUGAUAAUGAUAAUAAUGAUGAUAAGAUUGGUCCUAAUUAUAGUUCAGCUGCAAUAAAUCCGAUAAAUUCGUCAUUAAAACAAGAUAAUUUAUUAAUGUCGAAUGAUUGUAAGCCAACACAACCACCCUUAUCUUUAUUAUUCUUCUUACCGCCGAAUUCCAUGUCAAAUCAUCAUCAAUUAACAACAUUGAAUGAUUCAAAGUGUACACAAUUAUCGUCUGCUUGUUAUUCAAAUAAUCAUGAUAGCGCUGAACAGGAUGAUGUUGAUAAUGAUGAUAAUGACGGCGAUGAUGAUGAUAUUGAUGACGAUGAUGAAAUGCAGUCAAUUAGAUCUGAUUACAAUCUGGAAUCUGAUACAUCUUCUCUAUCGACUAAUUUGAAAUUGCAAAUAUAUAAACAUAUGCAUAUGCGAUCAUCACCACUUAACGAUUCUUCUCAAUUGAUCCGUCAUUAUUCCAAUGGAUCAUCCAGUGUAUAUGACACUUUAGAACGACAUGCUUUGGAUCGUGCCGGUGAAUCUAUCACGUUUAAUGAUGAUAGAAAUGAUGGUAAUGAAGGUAGCAUUGAUCAAAACUCAGGUUAUAAAACGGUCAAAUCUAUUCCGCUGCAUCAAUCACCUAUUUCGGAAUCAUCAUCGGCUACAUUUUGCGCAUCUCGUUUACUUAAUAAUAAAAAAUUAUUAUCCUUUUAUUCUCAGGAACAUCAACUACAAUCAUUAUCAUCUCAAUCCAAUAUCAAUUGCUCUCUGUCAUCUACCUCUUCUAUUCCUACUACUACUUCCUUGUGUUCUUCUCAAUGUUCCUCUUCACCUUUUUCACUAAUCUCUUCAAAUCUAUCUCAGGUGCAAACAUGUACAUCUACUAUACCGAACUCAGAGAAUGAACGUGUUAAUAAAGUGAAAUUACCUACCUCCAGCUCUUCAAACUCAACUCUCAAUACUACUACAUGCAAUAGUACUAAUACUACUCCUACACUGACAACAAUUAAUACAAAUACAUCAUCAAAUGCAACAAUGGCAAAUAAUACAACUGCUAAUCGUCACAAUUUCAUAAGUUUCGAUGAUCCGUCAUUUUGGGAAGACGUAGAAGAUGCUUUGCCAUCAAUUAAUGUAACUUCUGAAGCUGUUUCACAAUUCACUGAUGGGAUGCGUACAGCUACUGAAUUCCUACGAUUACCAAAUGCAUACUUUAAAACACGUUUUCGUAUGACAUCGAUACCACCGGAACAUCAAGAUAAUAUUAAUCAAGUAUGGGGUCAUAUGAUGAAUCAUUUUCAUAUGCACGCUCAACAGGUUGUACAAUUCGCUAAACUUGUACCCGGUUUCAAUCAGUUAGGCAUAACAGCCAGAAGCAAUCUAGUUCGCGAAGCUAUGUAUUCAGUCCUACUGCUGCUACUUAGCCGUGAUUAUUGUCCAGAAACGGAUGAAUAUAAUUAUUUUGAUUUUCCAGCAAAAGAACGUGAAGUGAUCAUGCGACACUUCCCGACAUUUAAACGUAUUACAGAGCACUUACGUGUUUCCGGACGAAUAAUGCAUCAUUUAAAUUUGAGUCUACCGGAAUUGUCGUUAUCGUGUGCUGCGGAAAUAUUACGAAAUUAUUGUAUACUUGAAGAGCCUACCGCAAAAAGUACAGCUGAAUUAUUUGUACUGGCACAUCAUAGUUUAUUAAAUUGCAUGGCAAAGCACUCUGUUCCAACUGUUGCAUCAACUCAACAAAGACGGACCCAGUUAUUCGCUCUUAGAAAAAUGAUACGAGUAAUGGACAAGGAACAUCAUGGAAUUUUAGCAGAUUUAAGAGUUCUCAGGUCUGAUCUUCGGUUUCCUGAACUAUAUGUGGAAAUGUUUCAAUUAGCUGAUAGUGCAUCAGCUCUAUUUUCCGCCUCUGCUCAAGCUGUAACACUAGCCUGUUCUGGUGUUCUACAAUCCUCAUUAGGAUCUUUUCAAAAUUCUCAGUUACCAUCAACUUCUUUGAAUAAUAAUCAAUCUGAUUUAAAUACAAAUAAAUCAUCUGACUCAACAGUAAAUAAUAGUGAUUUUAUUCUAUCUGUUGAUCGAUGGGAUGCAGGCCGACUUGCUUUAACUGUUCCCGCAGCAGCGGCAGCGGCGGCUGCAGCAGUUGUUGCAUUAACUGAGCAAACUUCUAUAUGUCAAAAUAAUAAUAAUAAUAAUCAAUUAUUACUACAACCUAGUUGUCAAUCGUCUUCAACAUGUGCAUUUCCUCAAUUAUCCAAUUCAGUUGUUGUCGGUUCAUCAUCAUUGUUGUCAACCAAUGUUAGUCUUAGUUCGUGCCAGAAACGAGCUAAAAAUGAUGUGAAUCAAUCAAACAAUAUAGCAUCUAGUAUUCCUGCGUUUCCUACUAAUACAAAUAAUAAUAUUGCUUUUAUUACAUCACCUUCUUUUAUGUUUCCUAAUCAAUUACAUCAUCCAUCUUCUUGAUGUUUACCUGCCUCUCUAUCCAUCUCUCUGUACUUCUAUACAAAUAUAAAAUACCCAGCUACACUAAAUUGAUUCUGUUUAUUGACCCUGUGUUUCUUUUUUGUUAAUUCUUUCAUUCUUAAUGGAUGUCUUUUAAAUCUAUGAAAUACAUAUUUACCUUUCAUCAGAUCUAUUUGUCCAUCGAUUUUUUGUGUUUGUUUGUUUGUUUUUCUUUUGCCCUCAAAAUAAAGAUGAUGAUUAUUAGGUAACACUACACAAUUACAUAUUGAUUGAUUAAUUUUUAUGAGACUGUCUCUUGGGUUUUUUCUUGUCGAUUGCUUUUAGCUUAUACUUUUCUUUCAAAUCGAAUUUCUUUUCUCAACCUUAACAUUAUUAUCAUUGUGUGUUGUACUUCGACUGUUGUGUAUUUUGAUUUGUACUACUUUUUUUGUAAUAUAUACACAUACAUUGAAUGAUGAACCUUUCUGUAAAACAAUUAAACUUCAAAAAGGAAAAAGAAAUCUAACUAACCUAUACAUACAAAUCUAUAGUAAUCAAUAGUUUAAUUGUAUUUCUCUUAUAAUUGUAACUCAGGUUAUAUUUUUCGGUCUAUUUACAUAUUUUAUUAUUAAAUUAAUUUAAUUUAAUGAAAGGGAUUUAUGUUUUAUUUAUAUUUUUUACUAACGCCUCUAAAAUUUACAUUGUAAAUGACAUUUUGUGUAUGUGUGUGUAUGUAUGUAUAAGAAGAGACAAAAAAAGAGCAAUGAAGAGUAAUGAAUAUAUUGCCAUUAGUGUCAUUCAUUGUUUUGUUGGAAUUGUUAUUGUUAUUGAGUAAUUCGUCUUGACAUUAUGGUUACAAUUUAUACAGUAUGUACUUUUUAAGUUUCUAUUGUCGUUCAUUGUUCCCUUCUAUCAUCUUGUUCACUUAAUUCAAAAAUUAUUUAUGUUUUUAUUCAAAGUUUUGUUGUUUUUCUUACAGUUCCAGGUUUUUCCAUGAUUUAUCUUCAUCUUUGUUUGAAUAUUUCAUUCUGUGUUGCAUGCUAUUUUAAUUUUGAUUAGUUCAUGUCAUUCAAUCUAAGCGUGUGCGCAUGUGUAUGUGAUUUUGUACACGUGUCAACCCAUAUUUUAAUAAAUAGGUUCCCUUAUUUUUUCAAUAUCACUAAGGUGUAAUCUUGUUAUUAUUAUCGCCAUCUCAGGGAGAAAUGAACCUUUACUAUGACUAAUAAUAUCAUUAGUUAUCAAAUUUGUUUUAUUACCAAUAAUACUACUUACAAUUUAGUGUUUAUUAUUAUUAUUAUGAUUACUGGUUAGUCUAUCUAUCUGUCUCAUGGAAGAUUUUGUACGUUUGCUUUCUAUCUGCAUUACCUCGGCCCCAUUUUCCUCUUUCAUCAUCUACUCCUCUCUAUAUACACAGAGACACGUACAUAUAUUUAUCUAUCUUCAUAUAAUUGUUACAAUUUUGUUCUAUGUAAAAUGUUUUGCUGUGCUACUUUUACACAUAUAUAUACACACACUAUUCGUACCCUUUUUAUAACACAUGAAUUUGCUUUUCCUAAAGUUCUACAAUGAUUUAAUUCCGACCGAUGAUACCUGAAAACUCUGUUUUAUGGAGUCUGUAAAUUGCUAUUAUGGCGUUUUUUCAUCUGCAUAUGCUUUUAUAAAUUUCUAUAUUAAAAUUUUUUGUUCUUUACCACUUUUGAGUUGCUUUUUUACCCACUCCCAGUGUGUCUCUCCUUUAUAUAACUUUAAUAAAACAAACUUAUAUUGGAUUCAGGUGAGUACAAUGCACAAACCCAUAUACCAUUUUUUUCCAUCUGGAUUCUGUCUUCUAUUUUUACAUGUGUGUAUACGCGCACCCUGAAUACAGACACUUUUACUUCGCUUUUUUUCUUGCCCUGCUCACUGUCUACAUCAUGGUAGCCAGUGUCGACGUGCUGAUUCAAGUACCCAUGUUUGUCUGUGUGUUCAGGCGAUUUGUUUAUCACAUUGGUACACAUAUGUGCUUACAGACAUAAAUAACUUCAUUUUGUUGAAUAUUCCAUUUUGUGUUCUUACUGGUAGACUUUUUUCUCCACCUCAUUAAAGGAGAUCAAUUAUCUCAGAUGUGGAAACUAAAACAGUUAUGUUGUUAGUUUUGGUGGUGAAUGUGUGUACACUCGUAUCAUAUACUGUUCAGUGUUAUGAAUAAUACCAGUUAAUUUCUACACUAUUUUUGUUAUUAGUGUUAUUUCGGCCCAUUUAUUUCUCUCAUAUUACACUAUUCUUUCACUAGUUAUUACUACAAUUAUCUUUUUUCAGUUUAAUUUUACUUUCGAAUACAACACAUGUACAUAUAUGCAUACACAUAUUUCUUCAUUCGUUUACACGGCAGGGAAUUGCAAAUAAUGUUGUAUUCCUUUCUUAUUUUCAUUAAAAAUGACGCAGGCACUAAUUGGCUACCUCAUUUUGUCAUUAUCACAAAUUAUUAACAUUGUCAAUCAAACAACAUUGGAAUAGGAAUUCGAAACAGGCCUUACAUGCACAUACACAUACACUUAAAUGCACCUCACUGGUUCAAAAGUCGUAAUCGAACAAGCAGGCAGUGUGUAUAUCAUCUCAGGUGGGUUUUUUUGUGGUACUUCAACAACCUUCGUUUUAUUUAUUGAUUUCUAGUUCGUGACGUCAUUUCCAUUGUCAUUAUUCUCGUUUUUCUACGAUGAAUUUCAUAAAUAUUGUUUUGUACUUCAGGGCGUAUUAUUUUUUAGCUUAAUCUUAUUAAAGCGCCAAUCUGUCUCGCUACACACGUACAUAAAGAUGCGCGCCAUACGAAUCAGACCGAUUUGAAUGUCCAGUGUAAUUUUAUAAAUAAUAAACUAAUAAAUGCGCCAUUUUUUGAAUUUCUUUUUGUUUCACUUCUUUUUACUUCUAAGUAUUACUUAAUACGCUUUUAUGGAGUGACUUUUUUUUUCCAAUACAUGUUUCUAUCCGUUAUUCUGGAUCAAUGUGUACAAUCGAAUGAUUAUGUAUAGGAUGUGAUGGACGACAGAAAUACAGAUUAAAAAAUGAAACAUGGUUUUUCCAUCUACUCCUGUGGAGUAAGCAAAAUCUUCCGGUAUUCUCUUCGAAACAGCUUCAUCUAUACUUUUUUUCCAUUUUCCACUAUACUAUUUAUUAUUGUUAAUGACCAUAUAUUUUAUUUUUCUUCAUAAUGAUAAUUAUUAUAAACAGUAGAAUCGGUUGGUUUAUAGCGCCUUUUUUAAAAUUAUUAUUUAUUUAUUUAUUAAAUUAUUAUUAUUAUUUACUUUUAAAUUGUUUAUUUCAACUACAUAUUUAUCGAUUUGUUUGUUGAGUAAAUGUGUUUUUUUGUUCUUUCUUUUACUCCCUCUCACUCUCUCCCUCACGAGUUUCUUGUCUCUUUUGAACAUUAUUCAUUUGUUGUAUGUAUGUAUGUGUGUAUAUAUUGUUCUGAUAUAAUUACAGACAGUAAAUAAAUAGACAUACCUGUAUACAUGCACCGAAACAUACAUACAGUUUAACCAUUUUGUGCCUGACCCUUUUUUUUAAUAAAUUCAAAAAUAAAAUAAAAUUUUAAUGAUAUUUAAUUCUGCUCUUUUUUUUCUAUUAUCAUUAUUGUCAACUCUGCUUUGAGUUGCACCAAUCAUAGUUAUUAGUCAGUCAGGUAGUUGUGUAUAGAUCUUCUAUUUUGUGCUGUAUUCUAUUGUUGCAAUGAUUGUGUAUUGUUUCAGAAUAUGAGUUAAACAAAACGGAACAUGUACGUGUAGGUAUAUCUUUCCAAGGUUACAUAUAUAUAUAUAUAUAUAUA